AUGGUCGAGGAGAUGACCGACGCGCUGAACGGACUGUGGGGCUGCCCGCCCGCGGCGCGCCGUCAAGCGCCCGCAGGCACGCCGGUGCCCGCCGCUGGCCGCGCCCUCGUCCUCUCGGAGCUCCGCCAGGCCGCUGCGAGGUUUGGCCCGUGCCCAGAGGGCUUGGACGGUCCAGGAGCCCUCGAGGAGCUCCGGAUAUCUCAAUCAUACGAGGGUGACGCCACGUUGGUUGCCCCGGUGAGCUUCGACCUCGUCGACCCCAUCUCAUUGCCUCCUGCUGGCAGCCAACCCGCCGCCCUGGAGACUAUCGACGAGAUGGCAGGCCAGAACAUCGCUCACCGGCUGAAAGAGUUACUCCUGCCCCGACAGCUGGGGAUGGAGCGCAUCAAGGAGGCAGGUCCGAGACGACUCUACACGGACCCUGCCCUUCGCAACCCGCGCCUCUACGCGACGGUGGUGCGGCGGCUUAUGAGCGCCGGGCUGGUGGACUUCAGCAGCUCGGCGGAGUGUUACGUUGGCAUGUUCUUCGUGCGCAAGAAGAACGGGUCGCUGCGGAUGAUCCUCGACGGGAGGCACGCAUCGCUCAGGUUUGCGCCCGCGGACCCCGUGGAGCUGGCGACGGGUUCGGCGUUCGCUCAGAUCUCGGUCGACGGCGACGAGCCCAUCAGCAUCGGGGGCGUCGACAUCUGCGACGCGUUUUGCCAGAUCGAGCUUCCGCAGUGGCUGCGCCGCUACUUCGGGCUGCCCAAGUUGAGGGCUGGCGACCUCGGGCUGACGCACUUGUCCGACGGUGCGCCCGUGAGACCUUCGGCCUGGGUGGUACCGUGCUUUCGGUGCCCGCCGAUGGGCUGGAGCAUCAGCCUAUGGAUAUGUCAGAGCUUGAACGAGGCGGUGACCGCUCGCGCUCUUCCUGGCCAUUUUGGCCGUCGACUUGUGGACCGUCGGCCCGCGCCUGACCUGCAGCAAGGAAUGGCGCACGCGGUGUACGUCGACAACUUCAUCGCCCUGUCCCACAGGCUGCGCGAGGUGCGUGAUGCAGCUACUGCAGUGCAGAGGGAGCUGACGGCUUCAGACCUCCCCUCGCACCCCGUGGAAGCAUCCGUCGGCGGCGACGCGCUGGGCUGGCACUUCGACGAGGACAAGCCCGUGAUCGGUCUCAGCGUUCGGCUACGCUGGCGGCUUCGCCUUGGCAUCGGCGAGCUGCUGGAGCGUGGCUGGUGCAGCGGUCGCACCAUGAUGAAGGUGAUAUCGCACUUCACGUCGAGGGCGUUAAUUCGCCGAGAGCUGCUGAGCUGCCUAGGGGCCGUGUACGGCUUCAUGGGCGACGGCGGCCGCGAGAGGCGGCGGCUGACUCCGGCAGUGAGGCGGGAACUGACCUGGCGCCGCGCGCUGCUGCCCCUGUGCUUUCGAGACGCCGGGCGGCCUCUGUCGCCUGUCGUGUCUUGCGUGGACGCCUCGUGGUGGGGCGCAGGUGUGACAGAGAAGACCAUCACCUCGGACCAAGCUCGUCGUUUGUUUAUCUUCAACGAGCGAUGGAGGUUCAGUCGCGAUGGCGAGCAACAGGUCGCCCCUCGGGACAAGGCCCUAGCCCUGGAGAGCAAGCAAGCUGAGCGCAUCACCUCGUCAUGCAUCAAGCAAGGCCCGUCGGAGCCCGAUCGCGAUCCAGCAGUCAUAGCAGCAGUUAUGGAGCAGCAGGCCCCGUUCCGAGUCGAGCCGAAGCCGAAUCAGGAGGAGGAGGUCACGUUCGAGGAGGUGCCAGUGGAGGCACUGGGCCUCUGGGAGGAUGGCGGCGCCACUGUCGAUGUCGGCCCUCGGUUUCAUGGCGGCCCCUGCUGCGCCGGCGACGCGGGCUCGCAAGAGGCCGGCUGCGGCCCUGGGUGCUGCGGGUACUCACCAGUUGCCGUGCAGGCCGCGUGCGGCGCCGGGGGCUUCAGCGCGCCCAGCCGAGAGCAGUCGGUGGGGGACGCGACCAGGGCAGACUACCAGCGUCGACAGGCCGCCUUCAGCCUGUGGGCCUGCCAGCGGGGGCAUUCGCUGGUGACGCCGGCAGAGGUGGACAACGCGCUGGUGCUGUUCUUCCACGAGGAGUUCCUGGACGGGGGCGAGAGCAGCGACGCGUGGAAGCUGAUGGCGGCCCUCGCCUUCGUGCGCUCGGACCUCGGGCCGCGCCAGGGGCGCCUGCCGCGGGCGGCGCGGGCAGCCAAGGGUUGGUCUCGCCUGGCGCCGCCUCGGUCGCGGCUGCCGCUCCCGUGGCCUGUGGUGUGCCUCAUCGUGGAGACCCUGUGCCGCAGGGGCCUGGUGGUGUACGCGCGGCUCACCGCGCUCACGUUCGGCCUUUACCUGAGGCCGCGCGAAACGCUGGAUCUCGCGCAGUCGCAGCUCAUCCCGCCAGGGUUCACCACGGCCACGGCGAUGCACCAUUGGUGCGUAGUCCUCCAUCUGUUCGAGAGGCAGACCCCGUCCAAGACAGGCGUGUUCGACGAGAGCCUGCUGGUGGACUCCACCUGCUUCCCGUGGAUGCCAGGCCUUGUGCAGGAGCUGCACCGCCGCACGCCUGCUGGCCACCGCCUGUUUCCCGUGACCUACGCGCAGUGGAACUACCACUUCAAGGCCGUCGUUGUCGAGCUCGGCCUGCAGGUCUUGGGCAACCUGACGCUGCACCAGCUGCGGCACGGCGGCGCGAGCCACGAGCUGUACGCGGCGGCGCGGCCUCUGCGCGACAUCCAGAAGCGCGGCAGGUGGGCGACCGACGCCGCUCUUCGGCGCUACGCCAAGGGCGGUCGGGUGCAGGAGCAGCUUCACCGGCUGCCGCGCGCCCUGCAGCUCCGUGCCGAGCAGGCGUUCCGCGGGCGCUCCAAGGCGGGCGUUUUCCUGGAGGUCUUCAGCGGCUCCGGGCGGAUGUCGGCGGCGUGGCGCUUGCGGUUCCGUUCGCAGCAUGCCGCCUUCGAACUGGACAUCCGCCACGACGCCGACGGCGAUCUCCUCCUCAGGCGGAUCAGGCAGCGGGUUCGAGGCUGGGUGCGGAGUCGGCUCAUCGUCGCGAUCUGGAUUGCGACGCCUUGCCAUUCCAUGAGCCGCGCCCGCAACCGCCCCAACGGGCCACCACCCUUGCGCACGAGACUGUUCCCGCUAGGGCUGCCAGGCCUGUCGCCAGGAGAUCAGCUCAAG